AAUACGAUCGUUUCUCCUUUGUUUGUUGAAGAUAUAGACAUGAUUUAUUUUUUUAUUUAAAUUUGAAGUUGUGAAAAGGUUUCAUAAUAAGAACAAUGUUCUCCGGCUGGGACUCAAUCAACUUCAAGCACUAUAACCAUGAAUGGGAACACUUCGCGUCUGCAUAUAGGAGCAUUGAUGUGGAUGAACUUAAUUGCAGUCUGCCGGCCAUCGUGGAGUUCCCCAACUUUAUGCGACAGAAAAGUUGGAUAGCGGCAGUUGUGUCUUUUUUCCUCAGCAUGUACCUCUUCGUCGUUCUGGCGAUUGUUUGCGACGAUUAUCUUGUGCCUGCAAUGGAGCGUUUGUGCUACACUCUGCGUAUGACAUAUGAUGUUGCCGGAGCCACCUUUCUGGCUGCUGCCACCUCGGCGCCGGAACUCUUCGUUAACUUUGUGGCAACCUUUGUCACUAACGGAGACAUUGGAUUAGGCACAAUCGUAGGAUCCUCCGUUUUCAAUGUUCUGGUGAUAUCAGCUGUUUGCGGCAUCCUUACUCCACCGAGCAAACUGGAUUGGUGGCCGAUAACGAGGGACACAAUCUGGUACCUCGUGUCUAUCGCGGCCCUAACUGUUGUGUUGUGGGACUCGCUGGUCAAGUGGUACGAGGCUACUGUUCUUUUAUUACUGUACUUACUUUAUAUCAUUCAACUAAUCCUGGACCGCCGGAUCCAAAAUUUGGUUCGCAAAGCGCACACGGAGUCUGAGCUCUUAGACGAGGAUCCAAUGACGCGCGAGGAGGAGCCGCUAAAAGGAUUUCGCGAGCACAUAUGCACGACACCGGAACCGGGUUCCAAUUGCUGCCAGAAGACCUGGUGGGGGAUCAAGUAUCCGGCGGAACUGGUGCUCGCCUGCACGAUUCCCAGUGUUAGGUUCAUCUUUUUUCUGUCUAUGUUUCUGUCCGUCAUAUGGAUUUCUGUUAUAUCCUAUCUGCUUGCAUGGUUCCUAACUAUUGUUGGCUACAACCUUCAGAUUCCGGACUCAAUUAUGGGGCUAACUAUACUAGCCGCUGGCACCAGUGUGCCAGAAGUUGCGUCCUCCUAUAUCGUAUCCAAAAAGGGUUAUGGCUCAAUGGCCAUCUGCAAUGCUGUUGGCUCAAACACAUUCGACAUUUUCGUAUGUCUUGGUCUGCCCUGGCUACUGAAGAGCCUGAUUCACCAGCGCAUUAUCGUGAUCGAUUCCUCGGCUCUCACCAUCACCACGGCCAUGCUAGUACUUACAGCCGUCAUCCUCUAUGUGGGUUUCCUCAUCAGCAAAUUUGUGUUGGGCAAGUUCGUCGGUUGGACCAGCCUAAUCUCCUAUAUAAUCUUUCUAAUCAUCGCAUGUUUACUGGAGAUAUUGUUGAACAAAGAGAAUAUCUGCGACAUUGAGGAAUCCUAA